UUUGGAAGCCAAGAAGUUUGCAUCUGAAAUUUGCGGAAAUUUUUUAGUUCCUGAAUAAAAGUUUUCUAUUUUUAAUUACUUCUCUUAGAAAAAGUGCCAUAUCUCAACCACUCUCCGUGCGUACAACGCUCUUUCUCUCGGUCUCCCUUUCGCUCGGUCUCUCUCUCUCUCUCUCUCUCUCAUAUGAUCUGCUACCUGAGAGAACGCCACAAAAAGUAACUAAAUUUUGAUUUUUUUACGUCUCUCCCCUAAAAAGUAUUUCCUGUACGCAUCGACGCCAAGAAAAGUUCUGCAAGGGAACCUACUAAUAAUUGCCAACAUUGUCGUCGGAGUUUCCUGGAAUUACCAUCAGGUGGUUCUGGCGUUCCUUGCAUCAAACCGGCCAUGAAUCGAUCGGGAAACGGGCUUACUGGGACGUGCUUCCUACUCCAUUCGGGCCUUCUGAAACCGAUUCAUGGACCCUAAUCUCAUAAGGCUUGAUGGGUUUUGUUUGAUUUUUUUGACCGAUCCAUUGGAGCUUCUGGUAAGGCGGUUAUCGAUAUAUUUCAGCAGUUCCUAGGAUUCUACAAAAAUGUUUACCAAGAUAAUGGGCAAGCGGGGAAGCCGCAAGCCCUCGAAAUCAGAUCCAAAUGAGUCGGCGGUGUUCCACUUGUCUGCAAAUUCUUCUUCGGGCCAUUUUGUUUCCGCUUCAGUUUCCAACCCAACCAGCAUUUCGACGUCUAACGUCACUGUGAAUAAUAAUGUAAUUCGAAGCAAUGCAGCUACUCAAGUGGGUGGGGAUAGAGUUCUGGCCACCACGCCUUCUUCUGCAGGAGCCAUCGAAUUGCUUCCACUUUUCAGAGAAGUUCCAGUCUCUGAUCGGCAGAAUCUGUUCAUGAGAAAGCUUCAGAUUUGUUCUAUAAUUUUCGAUUUCUCAGAUACUUUCAAAUUUGUUAGAGAGAAAGAGACUAAAAGGCAGACGUUGCUUGAGUUCGUCGAUUUCAUUCAGUCAGGUUCAGGGAAAAUGACGGAGCCCAUGCAAGAAGAACUAAUCAGGAUGAUUUCUGUUAAUAUAUUUCGAUGCUUACCUCCUGCUUCUUAUGAGAACACUGGAUCAGAUACUGCUGAUCCUGAGGAAGAGGACACUUUUCUUGAGCCAGCAUGGCCACACUUACAGAUUGUUUAUGAUCUUCUUUUACGAUAUGUUGUUUCUUCAGACACUGAUACUAAGAUUGCUAAAAGGUAUAUAGACCACUCUUUUGUUCUGAAACUGCUUGAUUUGUUUGAUUCAGAGGAUAUGCGUGAAAGGGACUAUUUAAAAACCAUUCUUCACCGCAUAUAUGGAAAGUUCAUGGUCCACCGUCCCUUCAUAAGGAAGGCAAUCAACAAUAUCUUUUAUAGAUUUAUAUUUGAGACGGAGAGGCACAGUGGGAUUGGUGAGCUUUUGGAGAUUCUUGGAAGCAUAAUAAAUGGGUUUGCGUUGCCAAUGAAAGAGGAACAUAAGCUGUUCCUGGUACGGGCUCUUAUCCCACUUCACAAGCCUAAAUCGGUUUCAGUGUAUCAUCAACAACUAUCAUAUUGCAUAACCCAAUUUGUCGAGAAAGAUUAUAAGCUUGCAGACAUAGUAAUUAGGGGACUGUUGAAGUACUGGCCUGUCAUUAAUUGUCAGAAGGAGGUGCUUUUUCUGAACGAGUUGGAGGAAGUUCUUGAGGCAACACAAUCUGCAGAGUUCCAGCGCUGCAUGGUCCCACUUUUUAGACAAAUAGGCCGCUGCUUAAAUAGUUCACAUUUUCAGGUAGCAGAACGUGCCCUUUUCCUGUGGAACAAUGAUCACAUAGUCAGUCUGAUAGCUCAGAACCGUAGUGUGAUUUUCCCUAUCAUCUUCGAAGCACUGGAGAAAAACAUACAAUCUCACUGGAAUCAAGCAGUUCAUGGUUUGACUCUUAAUGUCCGGAAAAUGUUCUUGGAGAUGGACAAUGAGCUUUUCCUUGAGUGCGAACGACAGUAUCUGGAGAAAGAAGCAAAUGCAAAGGAGUUAGAAGAACAGCGUCAGUCGAUGUGGAAGAGACUGGAGGCUGAAGUAGCUGCGAAGUCAAGAAAUGAAGAAAUGGUGCUCGUAAAUUAAGAGGCCUAGGUUGGUUUACUACCAUAUUCUUGCUCCCAGAUCAUUGGAAGGAUGAAAUCAUUGUGUGGACUGCUGGCUGUUGAGAGUUUGAGAGUGGUUUCAAUUGUGUCAUGGGUCGUCAGUAAUGGUAUGCAGAUUAUGGUUUGUUAACUUUUUCGUUUCACUCUUCUUCAUGAAGGCGUUUUUGCAUUGCAAAUGAAAUGCAAUGCCUGACAACAUCAAUGUUACUUGUUGAUUGAGAAAGUCCAAUAGGGGCAGAAAUACGUUGUUCAUGGAAGCUAUAAAUUUUUUCUGUAUUCUUUUUC